AAUUGAAGUUAUUCAUUUUCUAAAGGUUUGUAGAGUAAGGAGUUAUUUUACACACGCAGAUGACCGGGUGACACCUGAUAACACUCCUGUGAGUGUGUUAUGACAGAUUAAACAUUAAUUUAUCUACCCACUAAUGCCCUCCUACCAAUGGAAAGGUGUUAAACCUCCACUUGACAAACAAUCUCCUAUCGAACACUUCCAGCCUGUGUGUUGCACCAACACCUGUGACUGAAGAUGAGCUCCGGGUUCGGGCAGGUACUGACAGCGGUCGGGGAGUUCGGAACAUUCCAGAAGCAAAUGUUGGCUGCGAUAUGCUUCCCGAACAUCUUCAACGGGUUCCACAUGUUCUGUCAGGUGUUUACGGGGAUGAACUUCCCUCAUCACUGUAACACCGACUGGAUCAGGACGCAGGGACCCAACCUGACCAACGAUAGGCUGUUGAACCUCACCCUUCCACCGCUGGAGGAUGGCCCUGGGUUCCAGUCCUGUAAGAUGUACACUCCGGUGGAUCUGGACUUGCAGACUAUUGAAGUGUAUGGGAUAAACAGUACCAUCUCCUGCAGGGAUGGAUGGAAGUAUGAGGCUCCCCAAGGGACCACCAGCCUGGUGACUGAGUUCAACUUGGUGUGUGCCAACAGUGGUCUGAACGAGGCGUCCCAGUCCAUCUUCAUGGCAGGGCUCCUGAUCGGUGCUCUGGUGUUUGGGCCAAUGGCAGACAGGUAUGGUAGGCGUUUUGUGGUCCUCCUCUCUUUGCUCGUCCAGCUGUUGUUCAGCGUGGGAGCAGCCUUCUCUCCCAACAUCUAUGUUUACAUAGCCUUCAGAUUCAUGGUCGGCACCACCAUCUCAGGCGUCGCUAUAAACACGUAUGUCUUAGGUGCUGAGUGGACUGGUAACAACAAAAGGGCUCUGUUCACCAUCUUCUCCCACUGUUUCUAUGCCAUUGGUCUGAUGCUGAUGUCUGGGAUCGCCUACGGGGUCAGAGACUGGAGGAUCCUACAGCUGGUCCUCUUCAGCCCUGUCCUGUUCCUCGGGGUAUUCUACUGGAUCCUCCCAGAGUCAGCUCGGUGGCUGAUGACCCAGGGUCGAAAGGAGGAGGCUCGCCAGGAGGUCCGCAGAGCAGCGAGAGUCAACAGAAGGGAGGUCCCUGAAGCCCUGCUGGACAAGCUGGAGGAGGAGGGCUCGACCAAGACGGGCAGAAUGUUGGACCUCUUCAGGAUCCCCUACUUGAGAAAACGGGCUCUCAUUCUCUGCUAUAUCUGGUUUGUAACCAGUCUGGUGUACUAUGGGGUGAGUCUAAACGUGGGUAACUUUGGUCUGGACAUCUAUCUGACCCAGCUGAUCUUUGGCAUUGCUGAGCUCCCUGCCCGACUGGGCUCCCUGCCCCUCAUAGAACACUUUGGACGGAGGAUGUGUCAGGCCAUCGCCCUGUUCUUCGGAGGCACAGCCUGUCUUGUUCUUCUAGCUGUUCCAGAUGACAUGCCAGUAGUGACGACAGUCAUAGCCGUGUCAGGGAAAUUUGCCCUGGCUGCCUCCUUCACCAUCAUCUAUGUUUACACAGCUGAGCUCUAUCCCACUGUAGUGAGACAGAACGGAGUGGGUCUGAACUCCAUGUGUGCCCGUGUGGCUGGCAUCCUUGCCCCCUUGAUUAGACUGCUGGAGGUGUAUCACUAUUCCAUCCCUAUGUUGAUCUAUGGCAUCCUGCCCUUCCUGGGUGGAGGCCUCUGUUUCAUGCUGCCUGAGACACUCAACACUGAGCUACAAGACCACACUGAACCACAGGAGAAGGACUCAGUAACUCCUGAGAAGUUGAAUCUUGAAAAUGGACUCAGUCAUGUAGAGGAUAAGACAGAAGAAACAAUGAUCACAAAAAUGUAAAUGAUUAUCACUGUUUUAUAUUAUCUUGAGCUUUACAUAGAGUAUGUGAUUGUUUUGAUUAUUAUCAAUAUCAAGUAGAUCUACUAAAUGGUCAAUCAAAACAUUCGAUUGUUAUUCAGAUCUCAUACUAUAUUGUUAGAGAGACAUUUUGUAAACAUAACUACUUUAUUUUGUAUUAAUCAAAUUAUAAAAUACAUUAUUUAUAUCACAAAAAACAUUUUGAUAUAGUUGAACAUUUCUAAAUAAAAAUACAAAUGAUAAAAUAUAUGUUUGUAUAAAUCACUGCUUCGGUUCCAAAUACAUUUCCUUUACUUUUUUACGUUUGGAUUAUGUGUGUAUUGUUAUUGUAUUGCUAGAUAUUGCUGCAUUGUUGGAGCUACAGUAGACUGUUGGAGCAGACUGUUGGAGCUACAGUAGACUGUUGGAGCAGACUGUUGGAGCUACAGUAGACUGUUGGAGCUACAGUAGACUGUUGGAGCAGACUGUUGGAGCUACAGUAGACUGUUGGAGCUACAGUAGACUGUUGGAGCUACAGGAGACUGUUGGAGCUACAGUAGACUGUUGGAGCUACAGUAGACUGUUGGAGCUACAGUAGACUGUUGGAGCUACAGUAGACUGUUGGAGCUACAGUGGACUGUUGGAGCAGACUGCUGAAGUUACAGUAGACUGUUUGAGCUGCAGUAGACUGUUGGAGCUACAGUAGACUGUUGGAGCUACAGUAGACUGUUGGAGCUACAGUAGACUGUUGGAGCUACUGUAGACUGUUGGAGCUACUGUAGACUUUUGGAUCAGAAUGUUGGAGCUACAGUAGACUGUUGGAGCUACAGUAGACUGUUGGAGCUGGAGCAGACUAUUGAAGCUACAGUAGACUGUUGAAGCAGACUAUUGAAGCUACAGUAGACUGUUGAAGGAGACUAUUGAAGCUACAGUAGACUUUUGGAGCAGACUGUUGGAGCUGCAGUAGACUGUUGGAGCUGCAGUAGACUGUUGGAGCUGCAGUAGACUGUUGGAGCUACAGUAGACUGUUGGAGCUACAGUAGACUGUUGGAGCUACAGUAGACAGUUGGAGCUGCAGUAGACUGUUUGAGCUGCAGUAGACUGUUGGAGCUGCAGUAGACUGUUGGAGCUGCAGUAGACUGUUGGAGCUACAGUAGACUAUUUGAGCUACAUUAGACUGUUGGAACUACAGUAGUCUGUUGGAGCUACAGUAGACUGUUGGAGCAGAAUGUUGGAGCUACAGUAGACUUUUGGAGUAGACUGUUGGAGCUACAGUAGACUGUUGGAGCCAACUGUUGGAGCUGCAGUAGACUGUUGGAGCUACAGUAGACUUUUUGAGCUACAGUAGACUGUUGAAGCAGACUAUUUGAGCUACAGUAGACUGUUGGAGCAGACUGUUGGAGCUACAGUAGACUGUUGGAGCAGAAUGUUGGAGCUACAGUAGACUUUUGGAGUUACAGUAGACUGUUGGAGUGGGCUGUUGGAGCUACUGUAGACUGUUGGAUCUACUGUAGAUUGUAUUUAAUUGCACCUGCGAUAACAUCUGCAACACUGUGUACAUGACCAAUAAACGUUUGAUUUGAUCUAGAAAAAAAGGUGAAAUCACAGUCAUUUUGCUGAUAUGGAAAACUUGAAAUGAGAAUCCUGUUUGGGAUCAUCCGUUUGUCUCUCAGUAAUCAUUAAUAACAUUUGUCUGUAAUUGCUUCUAUAAAGUUACUACAUUACUUUAAUGAAAUGAUAAUGCUAUAAGAACACUUUAUAUAUGCACGUGUCUGUGUUGUCAUGUGUCUGUGUGGUCACUAAACUCACCAUCAAGGAGCUCUAUAUGACGUCGGACCAGCUAGACCCCAGCGUCUCAUUGGUUCUCUGCAGCCAGCGGUCUUCGUAUUGGUUGUGGCCAAAGCCCUCGUCAUAGUUCCCUUUCCUGCUGAACAGCUGCUGCUAGUGGAAUACACAGAAGAACUCCCGGGCACAGUGGAGCAUAGUUGCUCCUGCUACAACACGUAGACAGACCCACUGCGUCUAUUUCCUUAAUGGAUACAUAUUUUGCUGAUUUGCGUAGUUAAUUGUUUAAUUCCAGCAUUCAUGUCCAGGAUUGUAAUAAACGCCUUAAUUUCCUGCUCUGUGUUGUCAUUGACACACUGUAGCUAGGCUUCCAUUGGAGACAGAUUUUAAUGUAAAUAUUCUAAUGUCUGUAGAAAACAAUAUGCACAUUUUCAUCAAACUGAUUUUUUGCGGAUAAAAGACUGUGCGUUAUGAUGUAGUGCAUAUGAAAAUACCUUUUGUUGUUGAAUUCCCAGGUACCGAAUGAAAAAUACAAGUUAAAUGGGUUUCCAUUGCAUUUUUAACUGUACUUAUGGAUUUGUCACAAAAACUUUAGUGUUUAUGUAGAAAAUGUGCCCAGUCUGGUCUGCUGCCUGCACUCUAGCCAACAGCUCACACAUACAGUGCAGAUAGGCAAC